AAAAAAAAAAAAAAAAUUCCCCCGCGCAAAAAAAUCACCGGGAACGACGAUUCUCCCGAUCAGAACACUGCCAGAAAGUCGCCGACGACCUCAUCGAGAAGCCCAUUCAGGACCUGCUUCUCGACCUCUCGUAUCACUUCCUCCUCCUCAGGAAACUUCAAAUCGGCCUUCUCCCAGCCGAUCUCCCACAUUGAAUUCACGUCCGGCUCGCUGUUACAAACAUCGGCUUCGAGCAUCUUCGGCAGCUUUUUAUCGACUCCCCUUUGCUUCUUUUGUGGGAAUGUGGAGGAAGCCUGGCGUUUCACCAGGGGCGGGUUGGGUAACUUUUGUGAAGCUCCUCUCCUCUUGUCUGCAAGUUCAUCAAUCCUUCGGGCAGUUUCCACUUUCUGUGCUCUUGUGGGUGGAUUUUUCAGCUCUGUGGCUGGCAGGCGAGCAAUUUUCUCUUCCUUGCCAGAUCCUGAAAAGGGAGUUCUAUUCUUUGUCUUCGUAGUGUUAUCUGAUUUCUGAUCUUUGGAAGGAAAAUUUUCAUUCAAGUUUCUGCUUCUCGAAUCCUGCUUGUGGACAAUUGCAGUAGCUGAACUUCUGGCUGGUUCAAGAUCUCCAUUGGAUGUAUUAUGUGCAACCCUUUUGGUUGUUGUAUCUUCCGAUUGUAUGUGGCUUUUGCCAUGAGGAGCUGCUUGGAUUCGCUGCGCUGUUUCUUGCCUCUUCAUUUGAGUCUUCUGUAGCUUCAUGUCUUUUGAAUCCAAAUUCUUGGCCAAACUAGGCUGGUGCUGGUUUUGGCUCUCUUUCACUCGAUUGCUUGAGUUCUGCUUGUUUGCACCUCUCUUCGCCACCUUGAACUCUGUUUGAGCCGGCCAAGUAAUAGCAGAUUCAGAGCCUCUCACUGACUGUGGCACCAUUACCAACUGGUAUUGGUCAUGUCGUGGGAUCAUG